CAGGGGAAAGGGGCUUCUCUCUCUCUGGCCACCUUGAAAGCCAUGUAAGAUCCCAGGCUUAUCAAGACAAACUAUAUAGAAUCAACUAUUCAAUUUAAUUACGGGGAAUUGGUUUCUUUUCUUUUUCUUUUUUUUAAAGUUCACCUUAUUCACUAAGAGAAUUCCUGACUGUCGAGUCCAUGGGGAGUAACUGAAAUAGAAGAGCGAGAGAGAAGAGUUGACACACCGGAGCUUUCAAGUUUUCUGCAAAGUGAUUUGUGCACCCUGACCUGCAUGGAAAUGCGGAGAAGUUCCCAAACCGACCCGAGAAGAAGAAAUUAUCCCAAGCGCAUCACCGAGGAUAUCCCAAGGCGGUUUUGAUGUCAGGUGAAAGUGAACUCGGGCUGACAGAGAUUUCUUGCGCGAUAAAUAACCUGUUUUACUCUCUUAAUUGUGCGAUAUUGGCUGCAGCAGUAGGGGGUUUGGAGGCAUGAGCGGGGGUCGCUUUGAAUUUGACGACGGGGGAGCUUAUUGUGGUGGUUGGGAGGGGGGCAAAGCCCACGGACAUGGGAUCUGCACCGGUCCUAAGGGGCAGGGGGAAUUCUCCGGCUCCUGGAAUUACGGCUUCGAGGUGGUGGGAGUCUACACCUGGCCGAGUGGAAACACUUACGAGGGAUACUGGUCUCAGGGAAAACGUCACGGACUGGGAGUUGAAACCAAGGGACACUGGAUUUACAAGGGGGAAUGGACUCAUGGCUUUAAAGGGAGAUAUGGGAUGCGUCUCAGUGUUGGAAGUGGAGCCAAGUAUGAGGGAACAUGGAAUAACGGGCUGCAAGAUGGAUAUGGCACCGAAACCUAUGCUGAUGGAGGCACUUUCCAGGGCCAGUUUACUGGUGGGAUGCGACAUGGCUAUGGUGUCCGUCAGAGUGUGCCUUAUGGCAUGGCAGCAGUGGUCCGCUCACCUCUUCGUACCUCCCUGACCUCCCUCCGCAGCGAGCACAGCAAUGGCACCAUCCUGCAGCAGGAUAUCCCCAUUAUCACCACCACUAAUGCCUUGGGAGAGGAGACCCCCAUCGCUACCCCCACCCAAUUGGGACCAUCACGUGGUGGCUUUGCCCUUACCCUCCAGGUGGACCCAGAUGCCAUCAAACCCAAGAAGAAGGGCCUGUUUCGCAGGGGCUCUCUGCUGGGCAAGCUGAAGAAGUCAGACUCCCGCACUUCACUGUCCAGCCAGAAGAGCAAGAUCAGCUUCCUGAGGACCGAGUCAGCUCUCAGCUCAAACGCCAGUGAUGCUAACUCCACCAUAAGCAUCGGAGAUGACAGCCUGGCCGGAGCCGAGGACUUUCCAGCAGUGGAGGCCGACAUUGACGCCACCACCACAGAAGUCUACUUGGGCGAGUGGAAGAAUGACAAGCGGUCAGGAUAUGGAAUAAGUGAACGCUCCAGUGGUCUUAAGUAUGAGGGCGAGUGGUUGGAUAAUCAGCGACAUGGGUAUGGCUGCACAACAUUUGCAGAGGGAGGGAAGGAGGAGGGCAAAUACAUGAACAACAUGUUGGUGAAGGCCAUGAAGAAAAGGGUGAUUCAGCUGAAGGGAACCAAGAUCAAGCAGAAGGUGGAGCGUGCCGUGGAGGGAGCCCAGAGGGCUGCAGCCAUCGCCAAGCAAAAAGCUGAGAUCGCCGCCUCCAGGACAGCCCAUUCAAAAGCCAAAGGAGAUGCAGCAGAUCAGGCCUCUCAUGCCUCCAAUAGCGAGUCCAGCAUCGCCAGAUUGGUGGCCAGAGAACUCUCCCCGUCCUUCUACCAGCCAGGCCCAGAAUAUCUGAAGAAGAGAGCCUUGCAGGAGGUGGUGGAGGGCAGCGAGAACACAGACACUGUCAUGCAUGAGCCACUGCUGGCCGAGGAGGAGCCCCUGCCCACACCGCCAGAAAGCCCCCUGAUGAACGAGCUGGACAGCCUCAUGCCCGGCUUUACUCCAGUCCGCACCCCCUCACCAAGCUCAGGCAUCACCAACAAGGAGGAUUCCCACCUCCUCAGCCCAGGAAGCUGGAACGGAGACAAAACCAGCAAAGGUGGAGGCAGUAGGGGUGGUAGUAGACCCAACAGUAGACCUGGCAGCCGACCAACUACCCCCUUGUCCUCCACUUCUGCCCCUACUUUGGCUGUUCCUGAGAGCAGCACAGCCCCCAGCAGCCGUGGCCCCUCUCGCACCCCGAGUCGUCAGAGCAACAAAGCCGAGCAGGGCUCUGAUCUGGAGAUCAAGCCCCUGCAGAAGUUGGACUCUGAGGGAAAAGCUCCAGACGCCACUCCUGCAGCUUUCGUCUCUGUAAGGAAUAGCCUCAUCUCCCAAGAUGAAGAAGAACCGGUGAAAAACCCCGCCUCCAAAGUGUCCUCCAAAGCCAUCAUGCCUGAGCCUAAAACAGCUGAAGUCAGAAAUGAGCAAGCUCCAUCCCUUCGAGAACGAGCUCCAUCCAGCUCUGAGUUCAAAGUCGAAUCCAGAGAGGCAAGCAGACCUGCCAGCAAAGUGGAGAUGAAACCAACUCCAAGACGAGACCCCAGUCCAGCGCCAUCUCCCAAACCAGCGCCUAAAUUUGAACCAAAGUUGGUAGCCAAGCCAGUGGAGCAUAAAGCUACGGUUGCCAAACCAACUGCCAAACUGGGCCCGAAGGUGGACCCCAAAGCUGAAACCAGAGUGAAGACUGUGGUGAAGACCCCAAGUAAUGAGGUAACAGCAGAGUCUGUGGAGUCGGAGGGGCCAAACACCAUAAUGAUCUGCAUGGUCAUCCUGCUGAACAUUGGCUUGGCUAUUCUCUUUGUACACAUUUUGUCUUGAGAUACCCGAGGGCCAACACAGUCACGAGCAGGGUUGAAAGAGAGAUGACCUUCCUUUUCAGCGAAGCCCAGAGAUCAGAGAGACUGCUGGGAGAAACAAAAGCCUUAUAUGGAUGCUCACAGCUCUUCUGAAGGCUGCGUUGAUGUGACUGUGUAAGGCUCUGUGAGGCAUACUUCACGCCUAAGAGGCCAGAGAGAAAAUCUGGAGCCCAAAUGAAGAACUUUGAACGGCCGAAAUGAUCCAGAGCGUACGAAUUUUGAAGACGAAGGAGGACUGCGACCACUCUGUGUGUGUGAGUGUGUGUGUGUAUGUAUGUUAUCAGGAUAAGCUGCACUGUGCGUUUCAGUGCUUGCACUGGAAAUGGCAGCAUAGCGCACCAUACACUAUGCAAGUCUUGGCUAACAUAGAUGAUUCAUUUGAGUCACAUUGUGUCACAGAAUGUGUCAUCAGUUCGCAGAGGGCUUUACACUAAACAACCCACUGACAGAUUGAUCUCUUAAGAAAGAACCGGGUAGAUCAGAGAUUAGAGUCACAAGAUGAUUGUGACUACAUGUAUGAGCUACAUCUACUACUACUACUUUUGGCUGCUCCCGUUAGGGGUCGCCACAGCAGAUCAUCCAUUUCCAUUUCAUGUAUGAGCUACAUGUAUGAACUUAUAGCUGCAAUUAGUCAAUUGUUAUGCAAGUACUGACUGUAGGAAUGUAGAGAAGAUAUACAGACUGAGUAUUCUCUCCAAUUUUCUUUCGGCCUAAUAUUGAAGACCCAAUGACAAUGCAACAAAAAUGUUUGAAUGAUUUAUGGGUAGUAAUCACUCCUGUUACUAUCUGAAAUGUGCAAUGAGUAAUACAGUCUGAAAAUGAUUCAGUAUGCAAUAAUCUCAAUUAUAAACAGUAAACCAAGAAAAUACUUUUAUGUUUCGGCCAUAACAUGAAAAUCUUGAGAAAAUAUUACUGAAUAUUGACUGAUACUGCAAAUCGUAGCAAGCUGAUUGCCACAGCAAAACCAAGAAAAUGAUUUGGUCUUCUCAUGGUCUUCACCUGGAAAGACUCCAAUACACGAGUCGAACUUCUGCUGCAGUACCUCCACAAGAUGUAUUUUGGAUAGCAGUAAAGCACACCGUGCAAUUUUAAAUCUUUAUCUGGAUUUUUGAUCAGUAAGUACAUUACUGCAUAUGCAUUUAUUUAACAUGGAAAACAAGCCAUGUCAUGAUGUUUCAUUUGUUUUGGGUCUGAUGAAUGAAUUAGACAAAAUAGAAUUGUAACAAGCAUGACUGCUGUUGAGUCCCUGUUGUACUUCUAUAUAUGUAAAAAAAAAUGUUUCUUUUGUGUUUGUCAUAAACAGUCGCUUGUCACCCCUGUGGUUAAGAUUUAACAAAAAUUCGUGUAUGUUUUGCAAUGAGAGGAGCAUGCAGAAAAUGGAAAUCCAAUAUAGUAAUGAUAGCAAUGGUCUGAGAAUGUGUAAGCAAGGAGAAUAACUUUUAAAAAAAACACGCUGUUGUAGAGGGGACACCAAGUGUAUGGACUAAUUUGGUAACUUUACAAAAUGGCAGGUUUGUAGGUAAUGUUUUUGCUUGUAGGCUGCAAGGUUUGAUGUACUGUAUGUUUCAGAUGAGAAAACACAUUUAACACUGUUGCGUAGCAUUAUAUUCAGGGAACUGCUGUGCUUCCGAGCAAAAAAAAAAGUCGGUAUACUCUACUUUUGUACACAAGGGCACUUUGUGUGCGAGUGUUUAUGCGCGUGAAUAUUUUUGUACCUUUGUGAAAUGCAUCAUCUUUUCAACAAACAAAAUUUUAAAGUUUGUCGGAUUGUUGGGAAACAAACAUGCAAUCCCAAAGAGAAUUUAUUUCCCUGUGGAGUCAAUGAUUACCUCAAGUUGGGACAAAUGAAUAAAAAGUUAACUCCAUGUCUUACACAAAGUUAUGAGGAUGUGCUUUGAUCAUCCUUUGACCUUUAAUUUUAUUUUUCCUUCGUUGCGUGUCCCCCAAAUAAAUGGCACUGGCAAAAGUGCAGUAAACGCAACAAAACCCCAUUUUAGAUUGAAUAGUUUUGUUGUAAGAUUAUAUUGUAUUUAAACUUCAGUCCUAUGGUUGUGCAUUGCUUCAUGCAAACAAGUGAAAAAUAAAAACCUCUUGUUUAAUGUAAAGGCCAAUGUUUCACUUGCCAGUCCCAGAAACACCCGUGCAAUGAAAUGCAUGUGUGCUAAGUAGUUUCUUUCUCGGUCUUCUGUUGAAAAAAUACCAAUUAAAGUGAGAGGUAAACAUUUGCAGAUGAAUUUGAUGCGAAGUGCAAUAUAACCAUACCCGUCUGUACUGUAGGUCACUUUGUUUUGUCAGUUUAGUGGAUUCAAAGAACAUUUCUGAAUUUCAAAAUAUGCAUUGUUUCACCAAGCGUCUCAGUCAAAAUUGUAAAAUGGAAUAAAAAAAUAAUGC